AUGGCCAAAAAGAAGAAGAACCGCCCGCAGCAAAGCGCUGCAGUGUCCACCAGUGGCACCGCUGGAGCCGAGCUGUCCAGCGCCAUCAAAGCGGUGCAGUGGCUGGCCAGUGGCCAGGGGAAGAGUGAUGGAGGCGACCUGCUGCGUGCGCUGAAGCCUCUGGUGCUGCUCCGCGCGGCCAAGUAUGAAUUGGAUUCCCAAGCGGCCAAAGUAGAGAGAGUGGACAGCCGGCAGAUGCCCAAAGCUCAGGGCAGGAAGCGCUCCGCCGAGGACGCCUUCGCGACGGCGACGCCGACGGCGCCCUCGGCGUCGGAGCUGGCGAAGGCCAUAGCGAGCUUCCGGACGUUGGCGGAACACCCGGAGGAGCUCCUGAGCCCGGCCUGCAAGGCAUUGCGUAGCGCGCUGCAUCCGCUCGUUGAGGCGCAUUUGCGCGAGGAGAAGGCCUCUCCAGCCUUUCGCAUCACCUCCAUGCUCGGCGAUCGCGCGCGCUGGCCUGAAGCCUUGCGACUGCUGCGAGAGCUGCGCCGGCAGCCCAGUGAGAAGCGACCCAAGCUGGGCGCCUAUCAACGCUGGGUCCGCGAGUUGGACGUGGCCGAAGGAGAUCCACAAGAGCUCCUGAUGCUGGACGCCGUGAUGCGCCUCGCUGCUGGCUUCGAAACGGCGCCCGCCACGGCAACGGCAACGGCAACGACGGCGGGGCGCCUGGAGGCGCUGGCGCCCUGGGCGCCACAGCUGGGGCGCAGUCCGAAGCCCAAGGAAUCCACGGAGCCGAAGUUGGAGGAGGUUCUCGUGGAAGGCUACACCUCCACGGCCAGCAAACUAUUUUCCUUGAUCUCCCACCGCAAAGCUGGCUCCGCUGCGAUGGGCGGCUCCUGGCGUGUUUUGGCCCAUGAGAAGGCGGCAGAUCGCAUGCCGCCCAAUCACUACGACCUGGACAUCUACAUUUGCCCUCCGUCGGUGCUGCCGUUGAACGUGCGCCCUCCGCGGGACACGCAACGUCACGAGAUGCCGGGCGUGGAAGGCGGCUUCGUCCUGAGCGACGUGCUCAGUGCUGAGGAAUGCUCAGAGCUGAGGAUGGCGACCGAGCAGAUCGGAUAUCGGCCCGACGUGCCGAUCUCGUCGCAACUCGACGAACGCGCCCACAAUGUGGUGCUCAUGGCCAACGAAGUUCAGAACAAGAGCCUGUUCGAUCGCGUGAAGCACCUGUUGCCCUCGCAGCUUGGGGACGAGAAGCUCCUUGGUCUCAACCGGCGCUGGCGCUUCUACCGCUACUUCUCUGGAAACUUGUAUCGGAAACAUUUGGACGGGGCGUGGCCAGCCAGUGGCAUCACUCACGAAGAUGGUCAGGAAAGAUAUGUCUAUGAUGCUCACGGUGGUGGCACCAGGUCCAAAUUGACCUUUAUCAUCUACUUGAAUGAUGAUUUCGAAGGUGGCUGCACCACCUUCUUCACCCCGAAAGUUGGAGAGGAAGGCACCCUGCAUUCCAGGCCGAUCCGUCCGACGAUUGGCUCCGCCAGCGUCUUCCCGCAUGGCGACUGCCCUGUCCCGCUGCUGCACGAGGGAUCCGCCGUGACCGGUGGAACCAAGUACUUGUUGCGCACUGAUGUGGUCUAUGCUCGCCCUGAGACGCCCGAGGAACUGAAGCACCAGGCGCGGCUGCGUGGCUUAGCACGGCAGCUGGGCGGGCUCGGAGGCCUCGGGGGUCAAGGCCUGGUGGAGGAAGCGCAGGAGGUGCCAAGCGAACCCAAGAUGAGCAAAGGCAAAAAGCGCGUGAAGAAGUCCAGUCUGAAAGGAAAGCCUGGUAAAGCCGAAGAAGGAGAUGGAGCGCCGACGUCCAAGGGGCAGAAGGGCAAGAAAGUGCUGAAACAGAUCAAGCAGCCACAAAGUGGCAAGGACAGAGCAUAUGGCAAAAGAGCCAAGAAGAGGCAAGGAUUUUCCAAGCAGAAAAGAGUUUUGGCUGAGUCGCGCAUCGAGGAAGCUUCUGAGCAGGCGCUUGCCAGGCGGCGGACUGAAGAAGAGACCUGGCACCAGACGGCGACUCGCUGUGCAGAGGCUGAAGCCGCCAAGAAGAAGCUGCAGGAACAGCUCGCAGAGGACCAUCGGAAUGACACCUGCUUCGGUUUGGAAGUUCAAUCCCUGAGUCGUGGCAAGAAAGAGCUGCAGAUGGAGCUGGAGAGAAGCCAGGCGAGCAAAGCAGAAGAACUCGACCUGGACGGUCAGAGCGGGCCUCGACAGUGGAGGCCAGACCUGGAGCGGCUGCAACGGCAGCUCUUUCGGGCCAAACAGGAGAUUGACUCGUUGCGUGUUCGGACGCAAGUGAAGGAGUCGUUGUUGGAGCAGACCGAGGGCGAACUCCAGAAGAACGUGCGCAGACUGGGCGAGUUGUCGGCAGAGAAGGCCCAGCUCCAAUGGGAAGCAGCUGAGCAAGGCAAAUCUGAGCUGCAAUUAAGACAGCGGCUGCAGACUGCCGAGGCGAAGCUCUUGGAAGCCGUGCGGGAGAACAGGGCAGAAGGGGAAGCCAGCUUCUUGCUGGCUGAAAGCAAGAAGCAACUGGCCACGCUGGAAGAUAGUAACAGAUCCUUAAUCGAAGGCCUGGAAUGGGAAAAGGCAGCCUACAGCUCAGCUCAGAUAGCCAAGAACCUGUCUGCCAAAGCUUGGGAGAUGCUCGAGACCGUGGAUCGCGAAGCACUUAGAGCUGAAAAUGGAGCAGACUAUCUGGUGAAGUUCCUCAAGGAUCAAAGAGGCAAAGACAAAGUGGAUCUCCUUGGAGAUGCAAUGAGAGAUCUACUACACAAGACUGAUGCUCAGAGAAAUGAUGGGGAGGAAGUGAUGGACUACCUCCCGAGGUACAAGACCUAUGUCAAAGCCAUCCAAACUGCAUUUGAAGAGAUCAACAAGAAAGACGCCAUGCCUGAGGAGUUCUUUGGAUGGCACCUCUUGACCGUAGGGGUGCGCCUUGAUCCGUCGGAUGUGGCCAAUGUGAAAGCCAAGGCAGGUGGAUAUGGGCUUGACAAGGUGGAGAACACCCUCAAGCUGAUGUGGAGUGGGGGUGGCUUAGCACAGAAGGAUGCAGAACGAAAGAAAAUGAAAAACAUCGGAAAAGGGUAUCUGAGCUAUGAAGAGCAAGCCACUUCUGGCAUCUACGAUGCUGGUGAGUAUGACGAGGAGAUCCUGGAUGACGAUGAUCAAGAACAAUUUGCAGACUUGGCCAACCAACUGGCUGAGGAACCUGAGGAUGAGGCCCUGAUGAUUGCAUAUCAAGAUGCCAAGAAGAAAAUGCAGUACCGUGAUGCUCGACGGAUGCUGGCAAACUCCAGAGUGGCAAGAGAUUUCUACCCUGUCAAGAGGGGUGGAAAAAGCAAUCAUGAGAAGGGCAUGGGAAAAAGGUCAAUUCCAGAGUUCAAUGGGGACUGCAUGCGUUGUGGAAAGUAUGGUCACAAAGCCCGUCACUGUCCCCAGCGAGAACAAAAACAAGAUUCUGGAAAGGGCAGUGCUCACUUUGCUGAUGGUUCCCAAGCAGAGACUAGCUAUGUCUGUGUGGAAAAUGUGCAUGUGGGAAACAUCUACGCAACAGGAGCGACCAAUGUCGACUUCAAAGCAAUCCUAGACUCAGGUGCCUCUGAGACCAUAGUGGGGGUUGACACUCUCCAAGACCUAUGGACGGUGUUGGAAGAACUGGGUUUUGAUGCGAGAAAGGAAAUUAUCAUCGACCGGGAUCUUCGCAAGACCUUCGUCUUCGGAAACAGUGCGACAAGUGAAGCCAUCGGACUGGCCAAAGUGACAGUGGGUCCCUUUGGCCAAGAGAAGCAAAUUGAAGUACAUGUGAUCGAAGGAUCAGCACCACUUCUCCUGUCUUCAAAGUUCAUGUACGAGAACAACAUCGUGGUUGACUUCCGUGAAGGAUUGGUGACCAUGAAUGAACCAGGACCAGAGGAAGACAUUCAGUGGACGAAGCUGGAACGAGCUCCAAGCUACCACCUGAUGAUGUCAAUCCUUGACUUUCCUGGACGCCUGAAGAAGGAGAACAAAGAAGACCACGAGAUGAUGGAGGACAACGGUGACAUCAGUGGUGAACAACCAUGGAAAGCUUCGUCCUGGCGUGAGAAACUGUGGGCAGCCCUGGCCAAAAAGGGCUUUGGGGAGAGUGGGGAUAAGGAUGGCAGUGAAAUCAAUGGGGUGAACUCGGAAGAAUGGAAACUUCUGCAUAAGAUUCACCGAAAUUUGGGACAUCCAAAUGCCAGCAGUCUACAGAAACUUUUGAGACAGGCUGGCGCUCCGUCCAAGUUUAUCCACGCUGCAGGAAAACUGCAGUGUGAAGUUUGCAUCAAACAAGCACAGAGGAAACCUGUGCUGCCAUCAACAACGUGUGCCCCUCAAGUGAAGUGGGACACAAUUUCCGUGGACACCUUUUUUUGGCAAAACCCGUGCAAUGACAAAGAAGGAAAUGAACGACACCUGCUGGGGAUUAGCUACUUUGAUGAAGCGACGGACUUACAUGUAGCUAGCAUUGUUCGGGAAGGGAACCAGCUGCAGGGGAGUUUGCGUGCCGAAGAGUUCAAAGAAAAGUUUUUAGAAGAUUGGUUGCGAUGUCUUCCGAAACCCAAAAUGGUUCGUGUUGAUACUGAGGGUUGUUUUCGAAGUGAUGAUUUGAAACAUUGGUUGGAAGAAAAUAUGAUUCAAAUUGUUCCUAUUGCGGGUGAAGCGUACUGGCAAGUGGGAAAGCACUCGAGGCAUCUCCACACCUUGAAACAACAGAUGUCAAAACUGGCUGCUGACUUGGGAAACGAAGUGGGAAACAAAGAGAUCCUGGCACUCAGUGUGUCAGCCAAGAAUGAGGCCCUGAGAAAAGAUCUCGGCUCAAUUUCAAACAAGCAAUUCGAAGCGAAGUCAUCGACCGUGUGGUUGGACAACCCAGCAAUGGAGAAUCUGGCCGAACGAAUCAAGAUGCUCAACAAGGAGAAGGUGAACCCAGAGUUGAAGGACUACCAGAAAAUGUCCCUCGAGCAGUUGGGCAAGAUCGUUCAUCGCAAAGGGACGACACACACCGGCAAGACCUACAACCAACUAUGGGAGAAGGAAGGAGACUAUUGCCAGUGGGUGGCGAAUCGCAUGAAGGACGAGGGAGAUUGGAAGCCAUUCCUCCAUUUUCUUCGUCUGAAGGCGGACGCCGUCGAGAAGGAGAUGGGCAAAGGAGACCAGAAGAAGAAGAACAAGGAGAAGCCAAAAGCAGCUUCCAGCCUAUCCGACAGUCCCAGCAUGUCCAGCGAAGAGAAUGGCUGGAGUCCAGUGCCAGUGGAAGACCAAGGAGCUUCCAACCAAAAUAUCGAGAACAUGAUGAACCAGAUGGUGCAGGUGAUGAACAACCUGAGCGAGCGUCUGGCGAAUCUCGAGGUGGCUCAGCAGCAGCAUCAGGGCAUGAUCGUGCAGGGCUACCAGAACCAGCCACAGUGA